CCGAAGAGCAGCCCUCUUUUUUUGCGGAGAGCACUCGUUUGCAGCGUGAGAGUUUCACUUCGAACGCAGCACAACUAGAGCGCACAACUCUUUUGCAGCCUUGAGACUAAACGGUCGUACUGCUCGAACGCAGCAAAAUUGUAACCACUCAGCAAGAAGGCAUGGAUUAGUGCAGCAAUGCCGCGCAGGACUCCUACUAAAUUCAGACCGCUGGCUGCUGCCGACGAGGCGCCGCAGCCGCGUCGUGUUGAUCAUGCAUUAGACCUCGACGCAGCGGCCGCAGUCGCGCAGGCGCUGCGAGCGCAGCAGCAAGCGCCGCGCGUUGAAGCGAAAAAACCGCGAAGCGGAGGAGCGUUUGCGAACACGGCCGACGAGCCGCAGCGACCGCAGCAGCGGUCCGCAGCGCAGCCGGCGCAGCCGGCGCUACGUCGCCGUUUGGACCUUAGGGAGGACAUAGCCGCCGCGCGAGACGUCGAACCGCAGCCCACGCCGGCUGAGGACGCGCACGAGCAGGACGCGGCUAUUCACGUUCGGCGCUACGCGAAACCGAAAAUACUCGAAGUACCCGGCGACGACGGAUUAUAUCGAGCGAUCUUCGGCGGGCACGCGACGACGGAGCCGGUCGUCAUUUGCCUAUGCGAACGGUGCGGCUACGGGCGGCCGGCGACUGACCUCGAGACGCCGUUCAGCAAUGGCAUCGGCGAGCCUCACUACAACAUGACGUUCGGCGAGGGUAUGUACGCCCAGGGCGCACCGAUACCAUUAAAGCAGCCCACCUUUAUCUGUAGACGGUGCCCGAGGUACGGCUCGCGGCCCUAUGGCGUGGGCGGCGCCCGGCGCAUCGCUCCGCCCGCGCCGGAGAUUGCGAUCGCGACGCCGGCCGCGCCAACCGCUUACGAAGCGACUCCUAUAGUAGAAAACCUUCAGAAUAUAGCAAGCCGCAAAUUAUGGGAGGAGUGCGUCGCAAAUAGCAAGAACCCCGAGUAUCAGAGUGCUCUCAACGAGUCGAGAGCGACUGCUAAGCAGGAAUUAGACGAGAGGCGCGCGCAGCUCUCCGUCUUCCAGGGCCAACGCAUGGCUUGUAAAAUGCUCGACUUGGUCAAGCUAGACCCGCCGCGGAGGGAAGGUUUACGCGCGUUAAACGUCGCGGCACUGCUCGAGGACUUUCGAAGCCUCGCGAAAUCGAAAGGACUCCCGUUCUGCAUUCGCUUCGCGCUGGAAGCCGCACUUCUCAAGAACGAGCCGCUCAAGGACCAGGUCACGUGCGAAAACGUCGCAAGGGCGUUCUCGACCAAGGUCGUCACCACGGUGGCACAGAAUUGGAACCGCCGGCGGCGCGGUCAGCUCGAGUCCUGGCACACGGCCGUCGCGCUCGGCGAUCCUCUGGCGGCGCUCGUCGGACGGCUCGCUGAGGAGCGCAAAGAUACUAGAUCGCCCGACGAAGCUCUGCGUCUCUUCUCGAGAGCUACGGAAGCGGCAAUGGACGACGCGCUGCGACAUCGGAUUUCCAACGAGCGCGCGCUCUUCUCGGGCGGUGCAGAUACGUCGGCAAAAGCACGAGUGCAGGUGCCAAACCUGCGGGCGCGGCUCGACCACGACAUGCAGACGGGCACGGUCAUUCUUGUGCCAAAUUCUAUCGAGUUCCGUGGGCACUCGAGGGCGACGCACUUUGAGUUGGCGGCCGCAGACCGCUUUGUGAGUUCGCGCAUCAAAUUCGACGCGGGAGAGAUCGUCGAGCACUUCACGAAGCGCGGCGGCGAGCUCGCGCCGAUUCAGUGCUGCGACGAGGACUGCUACUACCUCUUCGACAAGGGCAUCAGCCCUACUAUUCAUUUCCUCCGGACGCGCCCUGAAGCCGACGAGCUGGACCGCUUCUAUUCCGCCGAGAACUUUCUGCAGUCGCUCGGCGACUUUACAGGCGUCAAGGACUCGAAGCUCGGCCACCGCGUUUCGUUAGCGUUCACGGCUACCAUCCCUACGGUGACGCUGGCGCCGCACCAAAUAAGUGUCAUCCCGGACGUCUGGCGAGCCGGCUACUGCUGGUCCGACGGUUGUGGCGUCAUAUCUCAGGGGCUGGCAGACCUCGUUUCGCGGGCGAUGGGCACGCGCGUCACGGCGUGUCAGAUUAGAAUCGGUCUUUGCAAGGGUAUGCUGGUCAUCGACCCCACGCUGACCGGAGUCCAGCUGUUGUUACGACCCUCGAUGAUUAAGGGAGCUUCAAGCAAGGCCUGUGCAGAAAUCGAAAUCAAAUCGCCAUCGCGUCUGCUCGAUGGCGUGUGUUGAGAGUACACUCAUGGGCUAAUACCGCGCAGGCCACCGCUGCCUCGAGGUCAAGGCCGCCGCGAAGAUCAAGAAGGCGGGCAACAUGUUGUUCUGCCAGGCGAUCAUCGUGAUCAGCAACAUGUUGAUGGACGAACGCGACCGCGCCGGCGGCGACGUGCGGUUCCUCCACGAGUUGAUGAACAAGUUCAUCGAGGGCACGCUGCUGUGGACGAAGGCCGACGGCUCAGAUGGGAUUCUGGACGAGGGCGCGACGCCCGAUCACCUCGCGAAGCUCGAAGCUGCGUGUCGGGAGAUCGAGAUCCUGCCGGAGACGUUCAUCGGGGACGAGGACGACGCCGACGACCGCGCGCGAUUACUGGAGCGGCGCUGGCGAUCACCCUUUAGCAACGACGGCACGCCCGAAGAUCUGAAAGUGCUGAAAGCCAUCAGCCGCGCUCUCGUGGCGGCCAAGGCCAAAAUGAACAUCCCUUGUGGCGUGAACGCAAGCGGAGAGAGCGACCUCUGGAUCGCUCAGGGCGUCUGCGCCGCCGACGUAAACAUAGAGUUGGCGGAAGGCGAGGUGUUGUUAGGUAAUGGAGCUUACGUCGGACCCGUGCUCUGCUUCCGGUCGCCGUGCUGCAACAAGGGCGACGUACGUAAAUUAAUGGCCGUAGCGGGCCGGCCGGCGUGGCGCCACCUAUGUGACGUCGCAGUCUUCAGCUACCAGGGCGAGCGCCCCGAACCCGAUAAAAUGGCCGGCGGCGACAACGACGGAGACGAGCUUUAUUUCGCGCUGGCCCGCGGCGCGUUUUAUCAGAUUGUCUUGCUCGCGAAAGAGGCGGCGCCUGCGGCAUACGCUGCGCGCGACCCGCGCUCCGAUGACGAACUACGCGCGUGGGCCGCGGCCGAUGCCGCGUUGAAGGCGACGACGGUCUUCUCGCCGAGCACCAGGGCGUUCUCCCCCUCGGCGACGGCGAUGAUUAGCAGUCUGCGCCUGUGUGAAAUCAAAACUUCAGACGCCCCACGCCAUCGACGCGACGGCGAUAGCUCACUGGUUGAUUUCCACACAGGUCUGCGCAUCCUUUUGGAUCGCGGGAAAUUGGUUCCUCGGUCGGCCAUCAAUUGGUUGCUGGCCGUUGAUCGACAUGGGGUAGCUUCGGACGCGGCAGAACGCUGGGCGCGGUGUCACGAGCUGGCGUUGGAUGUGCGGACGACCGGGCGCGGCGACGCGCUCCAGAACGCCUUCGACGCGGCGAUGCGGUGCUCAAGGUCGUCGUCGCAGCAGCAGCCACGCUGGAUUCCAAGCGGUGCAGCGGCGCCGCGGGGCAAGCUCGUCAACGGAAACCAUGAUAUCAUGAGAGGGAUGUUCUACCGCUACGAAACAAUCAUCAAUGCCGUCGAGAAGCGCAUCAAGCAGUUACAAUUCGACGUCGAUGACCCUCUAGCGCGGAGGGCGGAGGCGAAGCUCGUGGGCAGCGUGCUAGACCUGUCGAGGGCCGAGGAGCCGGAGACGGCGGCGCGGCUCGUGCGGGAGCAGCGCGUCAGUAGCUUUAACGACGCGUUGCGCGCCGCGAAGAUGUUCGCGGACCUCUACAAGGACCCGCGCUUCGCUGAUGCCCGCCGGGAGCUACAGCUUACUCGCGAGGUGCGAAAGCGCCUGCAUAGUGUGUUAGAUGCCGACGAACUUUACGCGCCGGUGCGGCACGUGUCGCGCGGGACGGAGCCGAAGAAGCUCGUCUUGACGUUUAAGAAACAGCGGCGCAAGGACUUCCCGGACUUGUUACGGCUGCUCCCGGACGACGGCGCGGGCGACGCCGACGCGUCACUCCGGGAGAAUUUUCGCGAGGCCGUGCGCUUCGCGGAGAGGGCCUCAGUCGGCGAGGAGAAGAAGUUCGUCUUCGAGGCUCAGCAUCGGCGACGAGUCCACGACUUCUUCGACUGCCCCGAGUACUGGCACGUAUCUCAUCAGACGGUCAAGGACAAGAUCCUCUUCAAGAUCAAGUGGUCGCCGACGGCUGCCGACGAUCCCAUGCGCGCCGUCGCGCACGACCAUCCCGACGGGAUCGCGAAGGAAAUGCUCGACGUCGAAGAGGCCGUCAACAGCGUCGACCGCGCGGCGGGCGCUGCCAACCGCGCGCCGGCGCCCGAGAUCGACGAGCGGCGCGCGGUCGACGACGCGGCGGCUCCGGCGAGACCGCCACGGCCGCCGCGGCGCGAACCUGAACCAUUAAGCGAGAUGGAAGCGCUACGGCGCGCACAGGAAGCUAGCCUCGCCGAGGCGCGCGCGCGCGCCGCCCUCGCGGACAAGUUCGAACAGGACGUCGUGGCGAAUAGUCUAAAAGACGAGCAACGACGCGCCGACCGGGCGCGGACCUUCCGGGAGGUCAACGAUAACUCGGAGCUCAUGGCGCUGGCGGCAUCGCGGGAAGCCUACGAAGCCUACGAACGCGACGAGCUGAAGCGACAGGAACGUGAACUCAGACGCUUCGAGCGCGAGCGGCUCGCGAGGUUACACGGAGUAGGCUACGAGUCCGACGAGGUGAAGGACGAGGAAAAGCUAGAGCGGCGGGCGCGUGACGAGUUAGUCGAAAGAGGAGUGGGAGGCGUGGCGGAGUCGAAAGAGGAGCCGCCGGCCGAGCCGGCCGAGACGACCGAGGAUUUAGGUGCGGCCGUGGCGGCGUCAAUGGCGGAAAGCGAGGCCGACGCGGCGCGGCGCCGCGCGGCAGAAGACGCGGAGAUGGAACGGGCGCUGGCCGAGUCGAAGCGGCCUGCUGCGUCGCUCGCGGCCGAUGCAGCCGUGGCGCCGGCCGAUCUAGAGCGCGGCCUGGACGCGUCGUGCGCUGAGAGCCGCGGCGACGACGGCGACAAGCAACUGCUCGCCGCGCUGGAGCUGAGCGCGCGCGAGGCCUCGGCGCCGGCGCCGGCGGUCGCUGACGAGCCGGAAGAGGACAUCGACGCGGUGCUUGCGGCCUCGCUCGCCGCCGAGGACGCCGAUGCGGCGCGGCGACGCGAGGCCGAGGACGCGGAGUUGGCACGGGCGCUGGCCGCGUCGAGCACGGCUGCGGCGCCGGGCGACGCGGCGGGAGGACUGGCGGCCGAGCUACGCGACGCCGAGGAACAAGCACGCCGGGCUGUCGAGCGCGCGCGCCAGCUCCGCGAAAGGAUCGCAGACAAGGAGAACAUCGCUAGCCAGGCGAAUGAGAUAUCGCGCCUGCGCGACGAGAACCAGAAUCUGCGCAAUCUUCAGCAAAUUGUCGCCGACGGGCUCGGAAGGGUCACGCCCGACGUCGCGCCGACCGGCGACGUCGCGCCUGAUGGAUACGCUCUGGUCGCCGUCGCACUGGCGAACGAGGGUCUCUCGGGUCUGCUCGAGCUGUUCAUCGAGAACGAGAUCGACGACGACGCGCUGGCUCACGUCUCCGUCGAGGACCUCGUCGAGGUGGGCGUGCCGGCCGGCGCGGCGCGGCGCAUCCUGUCUAAGUGAAUCCCAUGUUAUGCGAUCCCCCGUU